AUGCGAUCUUCUGUUAGUGCCAUACUGUCAACUCCAACACAAGACCCAAAUAUGUCGCAUCCAGACUAUGAGAUGACUGUAUAUGACCAUGGAACUUUACUUAUACUGGUUAAACACUUGGGUAAAUAAAAAUAAUGUACAUAAUACUUGUUUAUAUUAUUGAAACUUGUGUUUUGUUAUUUACACUUUUGUAUUGUUAUAAGGUGAAGAAUUAUCAUCAAAAAAUUUUAACCGACUUUUUGAACGUAUUUGUCGGAUAAAUCAAUUGCGUGUUGUUGACGGUGCCGGGACAGAACGAUGUGUUCAAGCUAGAUAUAUCAAAGACUAUCCAGUUGGUAAUAACGACUGGGGUGAUUUUCAAACACAUCGGCGGCUUUUGGGUCUUAUAACUGUUUGUAAGUAUUUUAAUAGUUAUUUGAUAUGGUUUUAAUUUUAUAUUAUAUGCAAUAUAUAUAUAUACUUUUUUUUUAGCUAAAUGCAAACUUCAAAUAGAACUAAAUGAAAUAUGUAGAUUACAUGAGAGUUUAAAAGUUAAGUAUCAAUCUACCUUAUAUGAUUCACGUUGUAUUAUAUUUGGUGUAAAUGCCCAAAAUUGUCCAGAAUUAAGUACACCAUCAAAUUUUAAAUCAAGAGAUGUGUAUUAUGCUAGUGAUAAUGAUCCUAAUCCUUCAAUUGAGAUGCAUUUAAAUGAAUUUUUGUCAUCAUUAUUUUGGGUAUUAGAUGCCAAACGACUGGAAAAAUCAAAAGAAAAAGUAUUUAUUGAUAUUCUUAAGGUUAUUUAUUUAAAAAAAAAAAUAAUAUAUUUUUUUUAAGCUGGAUAAAGCCACAUUGUUAAUUGCUCCAUUUGAAAAACGUAAUAUUAUUGGUUUAGACAUGGAGUCAAGAGCUAAUAAGAAACGUUGUAUGGGACGUAUAACUAAACAUUUAGCUGAUUUAAACUUACAAACAGGUUUUUUACAUGAUGCUCUUAAUUGUUAUCAAACUGCUAUAGAUACAUUGCGUUCUUGUAACGAUUGGCUUUGGUUAGGAGGUAAUUUUGAUAUAUUAAAAAAAAAGUAUUUACAAUAAACAUAAAUACUAUUUUCUUUUAAAAGGUUGUUUGGAAGGAUUAUGUGCAACGUCUUUGAUGAUAUUGCAACCCCAAAAUCAACUAACAAAAUCAAAUUUUCAAAGAAAUGCUUCACUACAAGAACGUCAUUCUAGAUUCAAGUGUGUAUUGUUUGUCAAUGUUUGAAUAGAAAUUUAUAAAACUGGAUAUUUACUUUAAAGGUUCAGGCCAUUGUCCACGAAUUCAGGAUUUGCUUCAUUAGAUGACAAUGCUAUUAGAUCUACAAUCCCUCAGAAUUUACUUAACAUUGAUGAUAUUUAUAAAAAUUAUGGAGAAGCUCUUAAACACUAUAGUAAGGUAAAUUGUAAUAGAAGAAUAUUUAUAAUAAAAUUAAAAUUAUCAAUUUUUACAAAGUACUAAGUUUUUUUUCUUAAGUUUUAAAACAUUCAUUAUUAAAUAUAUAUUUAUUUACGAGUAUUAACCAUUUAAUAAUUUUGUUUUUAUAUUAUUAUUCAUUAUUAAUUAUAUUAUUUGGUAGGUAUCAUAUACAGUAUUAUGGAAGUGAAAUAAAAAAUUGGUAGGUUAUAAUAAUAUGUAUUCCUUAAAUUCUAUUUAAUUAUUAAUAGGAAGUUAAGGUAAGAUGUAUAUAGAGAUUUAAUUUAAAUGUUUAUACAAUUAAUGACAAAUCAUUGCUAACAAAAAACAAAGAACAAAGUUCAGUUAAAUAUAUUUUGUGAUGCUGUGAUUUUUAAGAUUUACAUUAAAAUUUGAAAUUUACAAAAUCUUAAAAAUAAUAUAAUGUUUGGAAAGUGCAAAUAUGUUCUGAAAGUUUAAAAUCUCUCUGUUUAUUUCUAACUAAAUGAUAAAAAAAAAAAAAAAACAGUAAAACCGAUGCAUUUCUUAAUUCAUUCAGAAUCUGAUUUCUUUUUGUCAGUCUGUUAUAGUUUUUCUGUUCUACUUAGAAUGUAAAUUGUCGUUUUUGGGUACACAUUGGAGUUUAAAUACAAAUCACAAAAUUGUAUGACAAGUAUAUUAUUAUCAACGGCUGUACGUUAUUAGUCUUUUUGUAAAAAGAUAACUUAUGUUAAUUUUUACAUUUUUUAAAUAGUUUUAAUUCAUUUUUUAAAUGUUGUUACUUGUGAUUAAACACCAUAAUUUAUGUUCUAAUUAACGAAAUUUUGCUAUGGCAUGCAUUAGGAAGAUGAAAACAACACAUGUGGUAUGAUAUCUUUUACAUCAAAUACAUAGAUGUACAUAUAUUUAUAAUUUAUUUUUUGUAAUAAUUAUAACUACAAUGUAACUGUAUGCCAUAGUACACUCAGUUUCUUAAAUUUUGAUUGCACAUCAAAAAUGUGUUGGUCGUUGCAGUCAAAUUUUAUUAGAUGAGUGUGGUUGAUGUACAAUAAAUGAUUAUCAGUUGAUCAGUAUUCUUAUUACUGUAAUCUAUCUAUCUAUCUAUCUACACAGUUUUUGUAUGGAAUAGUGAUUUUUUUUUAUGUUAACAAUAUAAUAAAAUGGUUUAAAACAGUUGAUUUCAUUAAAAUGUGUUUCUAAAACAGUUUUUGUCGUAAAAAUGUGUAGAAUUUAGGUUUAGCACUAGCAUUUUAAAUAUUUCAACAAUAAUCGCUAAUAACAUAUCUUGUAUGAUUGGCAUACAACUAUUUAUACCAUAAAUACUAUAUAUUUUAUGUAUAAAUGAAUAUAGAUUGAGUUAUAAUUUAUUUUAAAACUAUUUUUAAUUUUAUUGGUAUUAAUAAUAUGUUUGGAAUAUUAUAAAUGUUAUUGAAUUUUAGAACAACAAUUUUGGAAGAUAGGUGCACUGGUUCGUAUAUGUGAAUUAUAUAAUUGAAACAUGUACGUAUUGCUAUUAAAAUUAAAUCAGUUUAUACAAAUAAAAUUAGUACAAUACAAAUAGAAAUAAUAAAAUAAUUUAUUAAUCACUGUAUUCUGUUUUUUCGUAUCUGAUGCACUAAGACACUAAUUUAGAUAUUUAUUUUCUAUAGUAUUUAAAUGCUGGCGUAAUACUUACUGAAGGGAGUUUAAAAGCUGCUCGUAUAGCUGUUGUUCACCAUCAUUGUAUACAUGUCCAUUAUUUUUUACAAAACGUUUUACCUAUAAAUUUGACACUAACUGAUGAAGAAAAAGUAACUAAAAAUUUAUGUAUAAAAUAUUUAAAAAUGAUUAACAAAUAUUUUAUUUAAAUAUUAAUAUUUAAUGAAUGUGUAGAUACAACGUUUAAUGAAAUUGGCAGAACUUUAUUCAGAAAUUGGCUUUCAUCGUAAAGCAUCAUUUUUCCGAUGGUUGGCUUCUAAACGAUAUGUUUCUGCAAGUAAUCCGAAUACUUCAUGGGAACAGUGUUAUCAGUUAUUACUGCAAAUGUUACCUGGGCACAAGUUAUCUCUUGAUCCAAAUGAUUAUGUACCAGGAGGUCAAAUCGGAUGGCCUGAACUACAACGUCAAGUAGUUAAUGAAAUUGUUUUGGCUGCAAAGAGAGUUGGAAAUGCUAGUUUAGCAACAAGACAUUGCACAUUCUUGUUACAAACCAUGUGGUGGAUGAUGAACAAAAUAGAAAGAAGUACUUAUGCUACUCAAUUGUCCUUAUUAUCUGCACAGUGUGAAGGUUCUCCUAUUCCUCUAAUAUUGGAUAAUGGACUUGUAAUUCCACCUGCAAAUCUUUUAAAUAUACCACAACCCGAGUAAGUAAAUUGAUUUUAAAAAUAAUAAUAAUAUACAUAGUAUGAUUAUUUUAGGAAUUUUUCUGUUCAAAAUUUAAAACUUCACAUGAGACCUCAUAAGUUAGUGAAAGCUAAAGAAGAUUUUGGCCCAUUUUUAUUUACACCGUUGAAGUUUGGAUCAAUGGAAAAAAACAAUGUUAAAAGUAAUAAAAUGGAGUAUGUUUGGGUAAUAAAUGAACCUUGUGAAGUUUUACUAGAACUUAGUAAUCCUCUGGACUUUGAAUUAGAAGUAGCAAAUAUUGUAAGUAUUUUAAAAUAUUUUUAUUUUUGAUAAAUAUUGAAUUUAAAUGCAUUUUAUUUUAGCUUUUAUUAACUAAUGGUGCUGUUUUUGAAAGUAUUCCAUACUCUAUAAACUUACCUCCUGAAAGUAAUUAUCACAAUGUCUCAUUAACUGGUAUACCUAAAGAAGUUGGUGAAAUUGAAAUUAAUGGAUAUUCAACACACACAUUGGGAGUAAAAUCAAAUUGUCGCCUUAAAAAUAUUCCUAAUGUACCUGAAUCUACAUAUAAUGUACAAGUGAUUCCUUCAAUGCCUUGUAUGGAAGCAUUAAUUGUAGACUCAAAAAAUGAUAAUGUAUCUUCAGUUACAUUAUUUGCUGGUGAGAGGUAAGUAAAUAUUAGAUAUUACUAAUAUAAUUUUAUUAAUAUAAAAAUAAAAUAGUAUUAUACAAUUUAUCUCUUGAGAAAUUAUACUUCACUAUUUAAUUUGUUUAUAUUAACUUAAUUUUUGUUUACAUAUUUACUAUAAAAAAUAAAUUGUAUAAAAUGGUUUAGGUUUUUUCUAUUACAAGGUUUUAUUAUGAUAUUAUUUUAUUGUUAUGUACACUUAUAUAUAUAGACAUAUACAUUUUUUUUAUUAUUGUUAUUAUUCAGUGUCGAUUAUAACCUAAAAAUAACAAAUGUAGGAUCAAUCCCUAUUGAGCUUUUGGAAAUAACAAUUGAAUCAACUAUCGAACAAUCAUUAAAAAAUAACAUCAUUCAAGUUAAUAUGGAAAAUAUAAGUCAUUAUUUACCAAUUACUCCUGAAUCAGAAAUUGUGUUGGAUAUUCAUUUAACUGGUGCAUUAAAUUUCCUAUCUAACAACCAAUAUCCACUUGCAGGUAUAUUGUAGUAAACAUUUUUUAAUUUAAGAAUGUUAAUUUUCUAUUGAUCAAUACAAAUGUUAAAGAAUUUUUUAUAAUAAUCAAAUUUGUAGUUUAAAUUAUAUUAAAUUAAUUAAAUUAAUAAUGGUUUAUUUUCAUUAAUAAAGAAUUAAAUAGUUUGAAGAGUAGUUUAACUACAUCGGGUCCAAGUUCAUAUCCAUCAUUACCUAGCCCUAAACAAAGAAAUGAACGAUUUUCUCCCACGACUGCCUCUUCAUUUCGGUAAAUUAAUUUUAUAUUUUUUUUCGUAUUCAUUUUUAUUAAAACAUUAUUCAAUGUAUUUUAGAUCAGGAGAAAGCAGUUUAAAUUCAAAUUGUUCCAGGUAUAGAAGCCCAACUGACAUAACUUCAUUGAAAGUAAUGUAUUUAAUUUAUUAGUUAUUAGGUGUUACUUUUUUUUGUACUUUAUUUUGAAUUUGUUCAAUAAUUCUAACAGUUUACAAAAUCAUAUUAUAUUUAGACAGGGUUAAAGUAAAAUUAAACAUUAUAAUUAUUUAAUUGAUAAACAAACUAUUUCAUUUAGUGCUUUACACUUAUUUUCAAUCAGUUUUGUUAUUUAGUAUUUCAUCAUUUUUAUCUCUAAUGGUAAUAGUUUUUGUUAUUUGAAAGAAUUAAAAUAUUAACUAUUAUUUUUAAUUUUAUAUUUUUAAGUAUGUCUUUUGGUGGAAAUCAUUUAUUAAAUAGUGUAUUAUAGAUUAGUGUUUAAAAGUUCAAUUAAAUAAUGUAGAGAGACAGGGAAAUACCAAUUUUUUAGCUGUCCUUUUAAUUUUGAUAUUUUACAUCUAUGCUAUCUGUUAAUUGUUAUAAUUAUUUUUUAUAUGUUUAAAAGUUUAAAAUAUUGAUUUUUUUUUAAGUUAAACAAUUUUAUCAAGAUUUAAUAUUAUUAAGUUUUCAAAAUAUAAUUAGAUACAACAAAAGUUCUUUCUAUAGAACAAAUCUGAUAUUAAAUAAAAGCCCUUUAUCAUAAUUUAUAUGUAAGUCAAUCAAUAUUGAUCUAUUUAAUCUACAAUAUUAAUUACUCAACUUUUUUUUAUGAUCAUUUAUGGUUGUAUUUUUUAUUUGUAUUACUUAACUUAUAAUUUAUACUCACUUGAAGUAAUAAAUAAUAUACAAAUAUUUGUUUAUAUUAGAUUAUUGAGUUUAAUGUUAAAGUCAAAUAUGCUGGUGGUGAAGGUAUGGCUGCUGGUUAUUGCAGAAUAAUUUCCUGUAUUUUAUCUGUGAAUAUUUUCAAUUCUGUAUUGGUAACUGGAUGGGAUGUUUUACAGGCAGAAACGUAAGUUUCUAUUUAAAUAUUUUUUAAUAUUAUUUUUAAAAAUAUGUCAUUGAUAGUGUGUGUAGUAAAAGCAUAAUUUUUUUCUUUUGUUCAAUUUUAUUUUCAUUUCUUCUAUUUAUUUAUAUGAGCAUAUUAUAUUAUCCUUUUCUUAUUUUUCCUUUUUCCUCUUUUAUAUUUAAUAAUUCUAUUAUACAUAAUUCAUCUGUUGUUAUAUUCUAUGCAUAUUUUUUUUACAGUUUAAAAUAAUUCAUUUCAUUGCACAUUAGCUUCAUCUAAACUUUUUAUUUCCCUUAGUUCUAAAAUCAACAUUUGGUUAUUUUGUUUCUAAUUUCAAAUUAAUUCUCAAACUAAACAUCUGCCUAGGGACCUUGUAUCUGAGUAUCUUAGCUUAGUAUGGUAGCUUAAGUAUCUACUGGAACUCCAUUUUGCGUUUCUCUAGGCAGUAUCCAUACAUUCAAUGGGGUAAUUAGCCCUAUUGAGUAUGUAGUUCAUACUGUAAAUACUCUGAAUACUAAUGUGAUGAUUUUUAUUAUUAUUUUUUUUAGAUUUUGGUUAUAGUAAGGAAUGUGUUGUUUUAAAUAUCUAUACUGUGUGUUUGUGUGUGUAAAUAAUUUAUUACCAAAAGUAAUGCUUAGAUUAUCAACUGUAGCAUUUUUACUUGAGCUAGUCUUGUUAGUGCAUUAGGGAAGUUAUUUUUUUCAUUUUUCUUGUAGUUUUCUUAAUAACUGUGAAAAACAAUACAAUUUACGCAAUAAUGAUUUCUUUUGUUUAAGAUUUCAUUUUUUUUGUUGAAAUUCAAUUAGAAGUAAAAGUAGAAAUGUUCACCUAAUAUUUAUAAUUGCACUUUCUAGACAUGAUUAACCAAAGUCUAUUCCACUUUGUCUAACCCAAUGACCCAGUUAGGAAAAACAAGCUGCUACUUGAUUCCAAACAAAGUUAUUAAAAUUUGUUGAGUGAGUGAUUAGUAUUAUAUGAGUUAUUAGUAUGUGUUUUCCAAUUGUAAUUAAUAAAAGAUCAUAACUCUUUCUAAAGUCAUAUUAAUAAGAACAAAAUAAUCCUAAAAUGUAUAAAUAUUGAUGAAUAUAAAGCAUUUUUGUAUUUUAGUGGUAACCAAUUUUAUUUGGUUCUUGAUGUUGUAAAUGUUACCAAUCAAGAAAUGGAACUAAAAUACACUGCAAAUAAAAGCAUACUAAUGGAAGAAAAAGAAUCUUAUAGAAUUCCAGUACCUGUUGAUCGAUUUUUAAUUCAUAGUUUGGAACAGGUUUGAUCAAAUAAUUUUGUUAAUAAACAACCAUCUAUAAUGGGCCAGCCCAAUGUUAAUUUUAGGUUAGUAUUGGCGAAGAAGGGCAAGCUGAUAUGAUAUCUCAAUGCAAUAAACAUAUAGCUGAACAAGUUCUAUUAAGAUGGUCAGUUAAUUCUUGUGAUGAUUUGCCUGUCAGAUGUGGUGUUGCAAAACUCCACGGUCUUACAUUAUGUCCUCAGAUGUUAGAUAUUGUUUGCACUUCACCAAUUUAUUGGGGUAAUAUUUUUGAAUACAUAUUUUUAGAUUCAAUCUAUAGUACUUUGCUUCAUUAGAAAUCAAUUUAAAUGACGAUAAGAUAGUCAGUGAAUGUGAUGAAAAACUAUCAUCAGAAAUAUCUCAAUAUCCUGUUGGUCAGCAACUGAAAUUACAAAUUUGGGUGCAUAAUUCACUCAUGUCUCCACUAGAUGAAGUUACAUUAGAAUUAAAUUUUUAUCAGGAUUAUUCAAAUGGAUCUAUAAACAGUCAAUUAGGAAACAGAUUAGUUACUACAGGAUCCACUAAAACUCAUAAAGCUAAAGUGAGUAGAUAAAUUAGGGACAUUGAUAUUAGUUGUUUGUACAAAUUGUUUACAUAUUUUUAUUUUAUCUUUUUAGGUAAAUGAACAAGAUAGCAUAUAUCAUGAAUGUGGAGUAGUAUUCUUUUAUCCGGGUCAGUACAAGUUAAAUUUGCAGUGCCAAACAUUAAAACAACAUGUUUGGAAAUUAAUACCUCCAUUGCAGUUGGAUAUUACAGCUGAAUAA